CAACUUUAAAUCUUCACACCCAACAGCAUCAACCCCAGCCGUGCACGUGUGUUCCCUCUGGGAAAGCAGAAGUGGCUCCUCUAGUGCUGUACAUUUAUUAGGUUCUAUAAUCAUGCAGGGAUCUGUCAUCAUGCACGUCGUCUACCUGGUAUCCAUGAUAUUCUUUUCAGGCGUUUGGAGUCAGGCCCUUUACAAGGUGACCUACCCCUCCAAGAGUGUCUGUGCUUUAAAGGACUCCUCAGUAGUCCUUCCCUGCUCUUACUACCCCGGACCUUACGGCAUCCACACAGGCCACUGGUACAGAGAGAAGGUCCUUAAUGGGGACCCAAAGGAUCUGAGAGAAGAGCCAGAGAACAGAAACAGGGUGUGGAUCCUUUAUUCUGAGAAUGUCUGUAAUCUUUACAUAUAUCCUCUGAAAGAGAGUGACUCCGGGGUUUACUACUAUGGAUUUAAAGCAAGGACAUCAUCAUAUAGCCAGAUAACAUCAUGGAUUCAUGGCUCGCCUGGAAUUAAUGUCACUGUCUUGAAAGAUGUUCAGCUGAAGGUGGAUCCUACCUCAGUCACGCAAAGGUGGAUUAAGUUAACCUGUGCCACCUCCUGUAGGCUGGACACUGCUAUCUACCAAUGGUACAGGAAUGAAAAAUAUCUAUAUGCCACUCAGGAGACUUCCAUAGACUCAACCAGUGGCUCUAAGAGUGAGGGUAGUUACCGGUGUGUGGUCCGAGCUGGUGGCUAUAGCCUGACAUCUUCUGAUGUGUGUGUUUCUGGUCCAGACUGCUGGGGUGUGACCUACCGCAGUGGGUCAGUCUGUGGCUUAAAGGGCUCAUCAGUGGUCAUGUCCUGCUCUUACAAAUAUCCUGGAGGGCAUCAGUUCGAACGAGGACACUGGCACCGAAAAGUCAGUCGUUCGGGCGGAGAGCCAGGUGACCUGAGCCUGAAUCCCCUCUUCAGAGAUCGAGUCGAGAUCAGUGCAGAUCGAGGUAACUGCAGCCUGGCGAUACAGGAUCUGAAAGAGAGCGACUCAGGGGAGUACUUGUACACUUUUAGAACCGCCUCCUCAGAAUGGAUAGCAGCCAAAACUGGAGUCUGGUUAUCAGUCACAGACCUGCAGUUGACGGUUAAUCCAGAUACAGUAAGAAGAUAUUGGAUACAAGUGACGUGUAACACCUCAUGCAGAGGGAGCUCUCAGCUUUAUUACUACUGGUACAGAAAUGGCCAACUUUUAGAGGAUAACCAUAGACAGGACAUCUAUCUUUCCCAAAAUUCUAAACAUUGGGAGGGACAUUACUCUUGUUCAAUACAAGGCUAUGCAAAUCAUCGUUCCCCAGAUGUGUGCAUCCUUGAUCAGGCGUGCUGGGAUGUCACUUAUGCUUCUGAGGCCAUCUGUGCCUUAAAGGGGUCCACAGUGGAUAUCACCUGCCAUUACAAAUACCCAGCUGGCCACAUCCCUACGAGUCUAUUUUGGUUUUAUGAUCAAGAGCCAAACUCUGAGCCUGCGGACCUGAGUCUGACCCACAUGUAUGAGCGCCGUGUGGGGUACUGGGGGAACAACAGCGUCCACAUGCUGAGACUGGCCAAUCUGACCGAGGCAGACGCUAGAGAAUACUUCUUCAGAUUUGUGACCGAAAAAGGAGAGAAGUUAAGUGGAAGACCUGGUGUCAUGCUUUCAGUCACAAGCCUGCGAGUCAACGUGACUCCAGCUAUGGUGACGGAGGGUGACACGGUGACACUGACCUGCAGCACCACCUGCACUCUGACUAACGACUUCACCUUCACCUGGUUCAAGAACUCACGACCGGUGCCCACCAAAUACUACACCAACAAAAAUUACAUGUACCUGAAUCCAGUGAACAGUAGUGACUCCGGCCUCUACACCUGUGCAGUUAGAGGAGAAGAGAGUUCUCCUUCCACAGCUGAGACGCUCAAUGUCAGAUACCCUCCAAGACAAACCUCAGUGUCCGUGAAUUCCUCUGGUGAGAUAGAAGAGGGCCAUACAGUGGUUCUGUCCUGCAGCUGCCAAGCCAACCCACCGCCACACACAUACACCUGGUACAGGAGAAGUGGACCUGAGACUGUUCUAGAAAAGGUGACCGAGGGAGUGAAUGUGAACUUCACCUCAAGUGACGAGGGGUUGUACCACUGUGAGGCACACAAUGAAAUCGGUUCUCAGAACUCAUCUGUCGCUGAGGUCCGUUUUACAGGAAGCCUACAGGGAAAGAGACUUGUAGGUAUUGGAGCCAUCAUCCUGGCUGUCAUCUUGGUUUUUGGAAUUUUGCUCAGUAUGUUCUGUAGGAGAAAUAGAUCCUCUGAUGACAAGAGCACCGCAAGUAAAUCACAUACGGAUGCAGCUCCUGUUUAUGCCAACGUCGGUGCCAUGGCUGUGUCAACUGGCCCAGCCAACACAUAUAACAGAGAGGACCAUGGUAUUGAUGUUGAGUAUGCCAGCCUUAAGUUCAGUGCCUCUAAAGAAAAGGAAGAAUAUGACCACACAGUCCACAUCAAAAGCACACGACUGAGCACAACCAGGCGGGCUGAAGACUACUCUGUAGUCUACAGUGCAGUCAGUAGAUGCAGACUGUCACGAUAAAGGACGAAUCGACAGCAGAGUGAAGACCACAGAGAAUGGGGAAACAGCUUUUGUCCUCAGUCUUGUUUGAUUGACUCUUUCCUUAAUGUCCUAGAUCAGUGGUUCUCAAACUGUGGUACGGGUACCACUGGUGGUCCCCUGACUCUCUAUAGUGGUACUCCGGAAGGCUCCGAGAUAAUGACUUCAAAUUAUAUCAGAAUAUAUAUAAUAAAAAAUCCUUAACCACACAAUCACUGAAGUUAAAUUUAAACUAGUUUUUGUCUUGACGCAAAACAGUAUGUACAAUGUAAAAUAUGUAGUUGGUCAAUUCCGCGCAAAACU